CAUCACGGGAAAUGAAUUGAUAACAUUAAUUAAAUAAAGGAAACAAAUUGAACACUGUUCCCUCUCCCGUUGUUGCUUUCAUAUUUGAAAACGGAUAAACGAAAAAAAAUAGUCAUACGAAGUUACAAAGUAGCUGAACAACCACUCCAAACUCCCACCUUUUCUCUCUCUACAUUACUCGCAACAAACCAAAAAAACAAAAAGCUCUAAUAUAUUUCUCUCUCACCUACUGUAACGUGUAUGCACACACACACACAGUUGUAUGUGUGUAUGUAUGUGAGAGCUCGUGCCUGGAAGGCAAUGGCUGAAGGAAGAAAUCUCUGGAACUUGCUACCGAAGUAAAGAAUUUCUCCGGCGGAAGAAACUUGAGUUUUAGGGCUCCGUGAGGUUUUCGUUACAGCUCAGUUUAGUUUAAUUUUUUGAGUAAACAAUUUCCCCCUUUCGGAUCAGAUGAUUUAAUUUACUGCAUUUUGCAAGUGAUUGUUACGGAUUAUUAGUGUUGUGAUUAUCUGUUAAUUACUGUGGUUAAUGUAGAUUAAUUGCUCUGUUUGUUGUGUUGAUUGAUUGAAGAGGUGAUGCUUUAGUUCAUUGAAGCAUUUGUGAAUUGUGAUUAAAGGGAAAAAUGACUGGUCGUAGGAAAAAAGAAAUUCGUUUCAGUAGGCUGUAUUCGUUUUCGUGUUUUAGGUCUUCGUCUAGAGAUGAACAUAGUCAAAUUGGGCAGAAGGGUUAUUCGAGGGUUGUUUACUGUAAUGAUCCUGAUAGUGCGGAGCAGAUUGCGCUUAGGUACCGGCGUAAUUAUGUCUCGACUACCAAGUACAAUGCACUUAAUUUCUUCCCUAAAUCGUUGUUUGAGCAAUUUAGGAGAGUUGCAAAUAUCUAUUUCCUUGUGGUAGCUUGUGUAUCGUUUAGUCCGCUCGCACCAUAUUCCGCCUCUAGUAUUCUCGGGCCUUUAUUUCUGGUGAUUGGAGCUACGAUGGCUAAGGAAGCGCUCGAAGAUUGGAGGCGUAUGAAGCAGGAUGUAGAGGCCAAUAAUCGCAAGGUUAAAGUUUAUGAUAGAAAUCAUAAAUUUCAAGAUACGAGAUGGAAAAAGUUAAGGGUCGGCGAUCUUGUAAAAGUUCAUAAGGACGAAUAUUUUCCUGCAGAUCUUCUGCUUCUCUCAUCGAGCUAUGAUGAUGGCAUUUGUUAUGUUGAAACAACAAAUCUAGAUGGAGAGACUAAUCUAAAGGUGAAGCAUGCUUUAGAUUUUACAUCUUCCCUUCACGAGGAUAAUUCCUUUCAGCAAUUUAAGGCAGUUAUCAAGUGCGAAGACCCAAACGACGACCUUUAUACUUUUGUUGGAACUCUGUACUAUGAUGGUCAACAGUAUCCCAUUUCUCUGCAACAGCUUCUCCUACGAGAUUCCAAGUUAAGAAAUACCGAGCAUGUCUAUGGCGUGGUUGUUUUUACUGGUCACGAGACUAAAGUUAUGCAGAAUGCUACAGAUCCUCCUUCUAAGAGGAGCAAGAUUGAGAGAAAAAUGGAUAAAAUAAUAUAUAUUCUCUUUAGUGUGUUGAUUUCUGUAUCUUUUAUUGGAUCUUUCUUCUUUGGAAUCAAUACCGAGAAAGAUAUAGACCGUGAUAGAAAUGUAAAGAGGUGGUAUCUCCGACCAGACCGUACAACUGUCUUUUACGACCCAGAUAGAUCAGCAUUGGCAGCAUUGUUUCAUUUCUUGACCGGGCUUUUGUUGUAUGGAUAUCUGAUUCCUAUAUCCCUUUAUGUAUCUAUUGAGCUAGUGAAAGUUUUACAAAGCGUAUUCAUAAAUCAAGAUCCAGAUAUGUAUUAUGAGGAAACAGAUAGGCCAGCUCAUGCAAGGACUUCGAAUCUGAACGAGGAACUUGGUCAAGUUGAUACUAUUUUAUCUGAUAAAACUGGUACUUUGACAUGUAACUCCAUGGAUUUUGUCAAAUGCUCAGUAGCUGGUGUAGCUUAUGGUCGUGGUAUGACAGAAGUGGAGAGAGCACUUGCAAAGAGAAAAGGGGAUGUUGUAGCCCAUGAUGAUGGAAAUACAUCAGCUGAUUUACAGGGAAAAUCGAUAAAAGGUUUCAACUUCAACGAUGACCGAAUUAUGAAUGGUCAAUGGGUAAAUGAGCCUAAUGCAGAUACAAUUCAGAAUUUCUUUAGAGUGUUGGCACUUUGCCAUACAGCCAUUCCAGAGGUCAAUCAAGAAACAGGUGAAAUUGCAUACGAAGCUGAGUCACCAGAUGAAGCUGCGUUUGUCAUUGCUGCCAGGGAGCUUGGAUUUGAGUUCUUUAAACGAACACAAACUAGCAUCUCUUUGCAUGAAAUAGAUCAUACGAGUGGCAGAAAAAUUGACAGAUCAUUUACGCUUCUUCAUGUCUUGGAGUUCAGUAGUGCUCGAAAAAGAAUGUCUGUGAUUGUAGAGAAUGAUGAAAACCAGUUGUUGCUCCUGUGCAAGGGCGCGGACAGUGUAAUGUUCGAAAGGCUCUCAAACGAUGCACAAGAUUUUGAGGCUAUAACAAUGGACCAUAUCAAAAGAUAUUCUGAAGCAGGUUUACGAACUUUAGUAGUCGCAUAUCGCGGGAUCAGUAAAGAAGAGUUUAGGUCAUGGGAAGAGGAGUUUAUGAAGGCACAGACAUCAGUUAGUGCUGAUAGAGAUGCAUUGGUUGAGGCAGCUGCUGAUAAAAUUGAAAAGGACUUGAUCCUACUUGGUGCUACAGCUGUUGAAGACAAACUGCAAAAAGGGGUCCCUGAAUGUAUUAACAAGCUUGAAAAUGCUGGAAUUAAAAUUUGGGUUAUAACAGGCGAUAAGAUGGAAACAGCAAUAAAUAUCGGGUAUGCUUGUAGCUUAUUGAGAGAUGAUAUGAAGAAAAUUGUGAUCACUUUAGACUCUCCAGAAAUUAACGACCUAGAAAAACGAGGAGAAAAGAAGGCUGUUGCGAAGGCUUCGAGUGCAAGCAUUGCAAAUCAAAUCAGAGAAGGAAAAUUGCAACUGAGCUCAUGUGAAGGGAAUUCCAUUUCCUUUGGUUUAAUAAUUGAUGGCAAGUCACUAUCUUACGCUCUGAGCAAGAAUCAGGAAGAUUCAUUUCUGGAUCUUGCAAUUAAUUGUGCAUCUGUUAUAUGCUGCCGCUCCACACCUAAACAGAAAGCUCUUGUUACAAGAUUGGUUAAAAAGGGUAGGGGAAGGACGACACUAGCAAUUGGUGACGGGGCGAAUGAUGUAGGCAUGCUUCAAGAAGCUGAUAUUGGGGUUGGCAUCAGCGGCGUUGAAGGUAUGCAGGCUGCAAUGUCAAGUGACUUUUCGAUAGCUCAGUUCCGGUUCCUCGAACGACUUUUGUUGGUUCAUGGCCAUUGGUGCUACAGACGAAUAUCCAUGAUGAUAUGUUAUUUCUUUUACAAGAACAUUGCAUUUGGGUUCACUCUAUUCUGGUUCGAGGCUCAUGCUUCCUUCUCUGGUCAACCAGCUUACAACGAUUGGUACAUGUCAUUCUACAACGUUUUCUUUACUUCACUCCCCGUCAUUGCUCUUGGUGUCUUUGAUCAAGACGUUUCUGCACGAUUUUGCUUGAAGUAUCCCAUGUUAUAUCAAGAGGGAGUUCAAGACGUUCUCUUCAGCUGGCCACGCAUUAUUGGCUGGAUGCUAAACGGCGUAAUUAGUUCAAUGAUCAUUUUCUUUUUCACAACCAACUCCGUCCUGCACCAAUCCUUCCGUAAAGACGGCCAGGUCGUUGACUUCGAAGUGCUCGGAGUUAUGAUGUACACUUGCAUUAUUUGGACAGUUAACUGCCAGAUGGCAGUUUCAAUCAACUACUUCACUUGGAUCCAACACUUCUUCAUAUGGGGCAGCAUUGCAUUCUGGUACGCUUUUUUAGUUAUCUACGGAGCAAUCUCGCCUACAACAUCCACAACGGCUUAUCAGGUCCUCGUCGAAGCCUGUGCACCGAGUCCUUUCUAUUGGCUGGGAACACUUGUUGUCGUAUUAUCCUCUCUAUUACCGUACUUUCUGUACAGGGCUUUUCAGACCGAGUUCAAUCCUAUGAUCCAUGACGUCAUUCAAAGACGACGUCUUUCGAGCUCGGAGUUGGAAACUUCUAGAGACUUGUCCAAGAAAACAGGUAAGUUGAUAGAGGAAGAUUCAUUACUAAGUAAAUAGUAUAUAUAUUCGUAUGUUGACUCUUGAGAAAUUUAGCGGAUUGUUUAAUGUGAUGUUGAGUCCAUGCAUUUUACUGAUAAUAUGACAUGUUUGUCUGUAUAUAAGGUUAUAGUGUCAUCAUCUUCAAGAUAUGAAAAUGUAUACUUGUUAUAGAUGAGCUAGGAAUCAUAAGUUUCUUUUGUUUAUGAUUUUUCUUGCUUCGUCAAACACAAUGGACUCUGUCACCUUUGAUA